GGUGCGCCCCCACCCACAAAGAAGACGAUGGCAGGGCAGCGGAAGCUCCUGAGCGAGAUCGAGCGGACGCUCAAGAAGGUCGGCGAGGGCGUCGAGGUCUUCAACGCGAUCUGGGAGAAGGUCUACUCGGCCGCGGGCCAGAGCCAGAAGGAGAAGCAUGAGGCCGACCUGAAGAAGGAGAUCAAGAAGCUCCAGCGCUUCCGCGACCAGAUCAAGACAUGGAUCGGCAACUCGGACGUCAAGGACAAGCGGCCGCUCAUGGAUGCGCGAAGGCUGAUCGAGUCCAAGAUGGAGGAGUUCAAGGUCUGCGAGAAGGAGACCAAGACCAAGGCGUACUCGAAGGAGGGCCUCGCGCAGGCCGAGCGGCUCGACCCCGCCGAGCAAGCGAAGCAGAACACGCGCGUGUGGAUCCAAGAGGGCAUCACGCAGUUCAACGAGCAGAUCGAGACGAUGGACUGCGACCUCGAGCGCAUCCGCAGCGCCAAGGGCAAGAAGAACAAGCAGGAAGUCGAGAACCUCGAGCUCAUCAUCGCCCGCCACAAGUGGCACGUGCUCAAGCUCGAGCAAGUCGCGCGCCUCCUCGACAACGACGCUAUUGACCCCGUCUCGGUCGACGCGCUCAAGGACGACAUUGACUACUACCUCGAAGCGAACCAGGAGCCCGACUUUAUGGACACGUACGGCGACGACGACAUUUACGAAAUCCUCGACCUCGACUCGCUCUCGAGCAUCCAGUUCAACGCCGGUGGUGGCGACGCCGAUUCGGAGCCGUCGGACGAAGAGGUGCCUGUCCCGACGACGCCAGCGUCGCGCUCGACCUCGGGUCGUGCCUCUGCUCCGUCCAGCGCGAAGAAGGCACCGGCUCCUCCGAUCACGAGCAUUGGUCGUCCUGGCGCCGUCAAGCCCAUCGAGCUCAAGACGAGCCCGGCCGUGGUCGUGAAUGCGUCGCCGCCGCCAGCGCCUUCGACACCCGCGGCCCCGGCACGCGUGGCACGUGACCUUCCGCCCAAGGUGGCGACACCUGACCGCUCGUACGAGUCGCCGGCCAAGCCGACGCCGGUGGCUGCGCCACCUGCCGCCAUGCGUCCGCCGCCCGCGAUGAGCAAGAUGGACUCGCCGGCGCGCCCGAUCGGGUACGGUGCAGCCGUUGCGUCGGGUUCGUUUGGCAUGACGGUCGAGACGGAUACGGUGCCCGCGGCGCGCAAGCCGAUUGGCACGCCCAAGGCGUCGCCGCCGCCGGUGCAGUCGCCGCCGCCGGCCGUACCUGCCCCGGCGCCUGCACCGUACGUCAUGUCGGAAGAGCGCCGCCAGCUGCUGCGGCUCAUCGACGAGAGCUUCAAGCUCAUGCCCGACAGCAUCGACUCGGAGAAGGGCAACCGGUACGUGCCGCGCAACAUGUACCCGACGCCGCCGUCCUUCCCGAGUGCACCGGCGCCGCUCUUUGAAAAUCCCGCGGUCUUUGAGAAGUUCGACCUCGACACGCUCUUCUUCAUCUUUUACUACCAACAAGGCACGUACCAGCAGUACCUGGCGGCGCGCGAGCUCAAACGCCAAGCGUGGGGCUACCACAAGAAGUACAAGACGUGGUUCAAGCGCCACGAAGAGCCGCAGAUGACGGGCGAGGACUUUGAGCAAGGCACGUUCGUGUACCUCGACUAUGAAACCGGGUGGUGCCAACGCAUCAAGACCGAGUUUACGUUCGAGUAUAGUUACCUCGAAGACGAGCUCGUGGUAUAACUUUAACGACACAUAUUAACCACACACAC